AUCGCUGACCUCUCCAACGCCAAAAGCAGUAGCUUCGCCGAGCACGCAGACUCCAACAAACAGAUUCUGACUACCAGUCUGACGUGUCACUAUGCUGCAGUGAUGGACGGCGAGGGCACGCUGGGCCGCGGUCACGGGAACGGGGGCCGUGGGCUGCGCCGUCAACGGUCCCUGGAAUGGCGAGAGAGGCGCGGUUAUGGACCCAGUGCCCAGUCGAGCAGCGACGACGAGGAGAACUCCCGUCACGCGGUCGGUCCCGCGUCCGUUUCAUCCGCCGGUCGAGGCGCUCGCAGCCCGGGCCAGGUCUUCGCUUCCCUCUUGGCGCAACAAUACGGAAGCGUUGGUGAUCGAUCGUAUCGCACUGGAUCGGACACGGAGGGGGCCGCGACCACCGAUAAUCCGACAACGCCGUUUCCAACACCGCCUCCAACCUUGACGCCGAAUCAUCGACAGGCAUCUCCGUUUCCCCUCGAGAGCACCAACUCCCGCCGGCAUCAUUACAACGGGAGCAUAUCAUCGGAGAGAUCCCGCAAUGGCAACGGUGAAACGGUUUACGCGGCGCCAUCGAAGAAGACGAGCACCGGCGGUGGGACCUUGGGGCGACGAACGCGACGAGGUCACACGAGCGCUUUAAGCAGCAGUUCCACGGCCAGCGAUCGUUCCGAAACCGUCUUCCCGGACGAGCAUACUCGCAUGCAUCUCACCAACGCCCUGUCCAGGCCCAUUUACUUCACAGACACUGGCAGAGACUCGCCGCCGGAACCAGCGCCGCCGGAAGUGCCGCCGCGUGGCCCGUCUCUGCACGCCACGCACACGCUACGCACGCAGCAAAGUCGAAACGGCUGUCCACCGAACACCACAGGGAACUUUACCGUGCCAACCGAACAGAUGCAGUCGGAGAAGUAUUCGGAUGCGCACCCUACCAAUAUUAAUACCGAUAUAUUCGCGAAGAGAAGGAAGAUCGGUUAUUGUCCGCAGUGA